UACAGGGUCUCACAAGGUGUGGUGGCAAAGCUGCCGGUUACAUUCACUUAGCCUGUGUUACUGUUAUUCUUUCUCUCCGGUUGUGAUUAACUUAUCAUCGGUGGGAUUGGACAUUUCGAAAAGCUACCUCCACCUCAGCUCCAAGGGAGACACACAAGAUGGCGACAACGCCAGUCAGCACAGGCACCGGUUAUGCUGACCUGUGUCCUAAUACUGCUGACAUGUAUACAAAUAUCACAACAGCAAGUCAAUUUUUACAACACUUGCCAAGAUGCAUCUGCUGAGGGAACCUUGAGGGUGUCUAUAAAUGAAGUAGAUAAUCAGGCAACAAUUGAUGCUUCACCAAAUGAAUACAGAGCUGGACUUGGACUGGCAGGCAAUACACAGAGCAUAGGGCUUCAAUUUGAUGCUAAUACUAAUGCUCAGCUUCCUCCUGCGGAGUACUUUGCUCUGGAGUCUGGUCCUCGAAGUGGCAGCGUAACUGGAAGGGAAUGGUUCCUGAGGCUGAAGAAACCCAUUGACAGAGAUGGUGAUCGUCCAGACUCACUUGACGACAAUACUGUGUUUGAGUAUACCCUCCAGUGUACAGAUCUCACCAUAAACACAAGUGGACAAGCUUUCUUCAUGUUGCUGAGGGUUCAGAUUAUAGAUGUCAAUGACAACAGUCCUGUGUUCCAAAAUGAUCCAUAUGCUGUCUCUGUCAAUGAGUUAACUCCAAUUGGUACAACAGUGUUUCGAGGUGUUACAGCCACUGACCUGGACUUCGAUUUCAACAAGAACAUUGUGUUUGAUAUCAUUGAUGGUGCAGGAUCAGAUAAAUUUGCUAUUGACAUCCCAUCUUUGGGAUAUGUGACAGUGAAAAAUACUCUGGAUUUUGAAAGCCUGAACUCAGCUGGGAACACCAACUACCUCCUGUCAAUCAGAGCAAUGGAUUCUGCCCAACCACCUGAGGUUAAAAGAACUGCUAUAACCACCCUGAAUGUCACAAUAACAGAUGGAGACGACCAGAAGCCCAUCUUUGUGUAUCCAACAUGUUACACUGAUAGUCAAAAUAGAUGUUUCAACCCAACGUACACUGCAUCCAUGGUAUCAGGACAGUUGCCUGGCGAGAUUUCUGUUUUCCCGUAUCCUGCUGCCAACCCAAAUGUUCCUGUCAACAUCCUAGCCAGGGAUCAGGACACUCUAAACAGCCCAAUUAUCUUCUCAGUGGAACUGACUGAACCUCGUGGAUACGAGAACAGAUUUCAAGUGGCGGGUGAGCUAGUGGCAGGUACCAGCACCUACAGGGGACGUCUUCAGUUGCUACAACCCAUUGACAGGAGUGUAGUUGGAGAACUGAGAGUCAUCAUCCGGAUUCAAGAAGAUUCUCCCAAUCAGAGAUACAACCGUGCUAUUUUGUAUCUGACUGUGACCGCAGCAAACAAUAACCCACCCUCUGUGUCAACAUCCAUCGGCUCUCAGAUUGGCUACAUCCGAGAAAAUGACCUGACUGGAGCAUAUAUUAAGGACCAGCAGCUUCAAAAUCCUCUACAGCUUAUAAUUACAGAUGCAGAUAUUGCUUCUGGAGACCCACCCCAGCAGUAUACAUUUGAAGUUACACCAGCAAGUCCAUUCUAUAUUGACAGCAACAAUUACCUUCGAUUAACAGCUGGACCCUUGGAUUAUGAAUCUGUACAACAGUACACAUUCAAUGUGAUUGUACGGGAGCAGGGUACAGCAGAGCAGCGGUCAGGAAGCAUCAGUCUGACAGUCAAUGUUGUGGAUAUCAAUGACAACACUCCAUUCUUUGUUGGAACCCCCUACAGAAGAUCUCUGCCUGAAGGAGACUACACACAAGGGGCUGGAGAAUUUAUUGUCCAGGUACAAGCCCAGGACCGUGACUCAGUGGACACAAGUAUUACUUAUCAGAUUCAGAGCGUCUCUGAUGGAGGUGCUGGCAAGUUUACAAUUAGUAAUACCAAUGGGCAGUUGCUUCUUCGGACUGCCUCAGUACCUGUGUAUGUCACAAUAACUUCCUCUGGCAACAAAGACCCCCAGAUACCAGCAGGUCUCUAUACAGUCUAUGUCAGUGAAGGCAUUGAUGUCAACAGAGAUAUCUUCACAAUACCGCCAGCAUCCACUGUGUUGAGAGUCAUUGUCACCGAUGUCAAUGACAACUCUCCAGUCUUCCUCAACAGUGUCAACAACAGAUAUUUCUUCAAUGUCCAAGAAGGUCAAACACCCCCUGCUACAGUUGGAAGUGUUGCUGGGGCUUCACCCAGGGCCAAUGUAGCCACUGUUGUUGUCAGUGUCAUCGACACACAGGACAGCAUACCAUUGUUUGUUAGCGUUGACUCUGAAGGAUCCAUACAAGAAAAUCUCAGCGGAACAUCUGUUCUCACAGUUUCGGCAGUCGAUGCCGACCAGACAGACAACAUAGUCUACCAGUUUGCUGGUGGAGAGUUCCAAUCAUUUUCGAUAAACCCAACAACUGGUGUUAUCAGCACUGUCAUACCACUAGACUAUGAAGUUAAGAAUGCGUACUUGUUCACCGUGACAACAUCGGAUGGGGUGAACACAAAUGCUGUCUCCUCCACUGCCACUGUCACCAUCAGUGUUAUUGACCAAAAUGACUUCACCCCAGUGCUAACAACAAGCACUCUGGUUGACACCAUCUCAGUAUUGGAGAAUCUGGGUAUCAGUGAAGAGCUGGUAGAUAUUAAUGCAGCAGAUAAUGACCCACCGAACACUCCUAACAGCCGUGUGACAUUCAGUAUCAGCAACGUGUCACCCCCUCUGGCACACAACUGUUCUUUAUCAACCCUACCACAGGACAACUGGUGCUGCGGAAUCCAUUCACUGAUGAUCCUGGUGUUCCAACAUAUACGAUAUGAUUUAGUUAAGAUUGAAAUUUCUGAGACUAACCAUUUAACCUGUCACUUCUUUCAGAGCCCCUUCAAUGUGCUGACCUACACACUGCGUGGUGAUGGACCUGCUCUUGAUUAUUUCCAAAUCAACUCUGCCAGUGGAGAAAUUCAAACCCGAGCCUUACUGUCUUCAACUACUGAUAGAUCAUUCACUCUGCGUGUUCGAGCAACUGAUGGUGGAGGACUGUUUGCUGAUUUGCGGAUUGAUCUCACUGUGAACAAGAACCUCAAUGCACCCACACUGAGUCAACAGAACUACACUGAGACCAUCUUUGAGAACCGUGCUUUGGGAUCUGUUAUUACUACAAUCAGGGCUAAUGACGCUGACAGACAGCCCCCUCACAAUGAGCUGUCUUACAGUAUAACUGGGGAUGCCACUGCUCAGCAGUUCUUUGCUGUCAACAAUCGAGGUGAAAUCUACCUCAUUAGAUCUCCUGCCGAAAACCAAGCCAUUAGCAGAUUUAAUAUGAUCGUUGAUGUCCGUGACCAAGGCCUUCCAACCAGCAGGCCAGCAAAUCCAAACCCAGCCUUUGUCACCAUCAAUGUGAUACGCAAUGCCAACCCACCCAUCUUUUUCACAAGAGAGUACAACAGGGUCAUACCUGAAAACACAACAAUAGGCCAGUUUGUGGAAACAGUCACAGCUACAGAUGCUGACUCACAGGGAAACUUUGGUUCUCUGAGAUACAGCAUUAUUGGCGAUGGCACAGCUGAUACUUAUUUCCAAAUAAAUCAGAACAGUGGAAUUGUGUCAGUGAGAACUACCCUGACAAACACACCCAUCAAUGAUUUCACAGUCCGUGUUGUAGCACAAGAUGGCGGAACCCCUCCGCGGUCUGCCACAGCACUGCUGUAUGUAACAGUUACAAGAAAUUUUGAACGCCCUGUAUGGAGUUCAGCAACGUAUACUACCAGCAUCCCAGAAACAGCCCCAGUGCUUGAGAAUAUCCUGCGUGUCACAGCCACAGAUAGAGAUGCCCAGCCCCCCAACAAUGAUGUGACGUAUGAGCUUAUAGGAGAUGCUGUUCAACUCUAUUACUUUGAGAUUGUCAGUUCCACUGGUGAUAUUCGCCCAAGGCGUCCACUUACUUCCGAUACAAACAGAAGAAGUCAGUUUAAUUUUGUUGUGAUUGCUAGAGAUAAAGGCAGCCCUCCUCUCACUGCUGCAUUCAAUGCCUCUGUGACAAUAGCAGUGUUCAGAAACAACAACGCCCCUCGGUUCAUCCAGGAUCCCUACUCCAUUACAGUAUCUCAGGGCCUGGGCAGUGGCACGGUCAUCUCUGUCAGGGCAGUUGAUGAUGACCCUUCUACGGAUUUCAACCAGAUAUCAUAUUCCAUCGAGGGUCCAGCAAAUGCUCUGGCUCUGUUUACAAUUGAUGGCUCAGGAAAUAUCCAACCAACAAACCCUGCUGCUAUCAACAGUGCCUCAGAGACAAAUUAUAAGAUUUAUGUUCGAGCUGAGGACAAUGGCAGUCCCAAACUGUACGACAUUGCCCUUGUUGAACUCACCAUCAACCGGAACCUGAACCCACCCAUCUUCAACCCCGUCACCUAUGAAGAGACCAUUCUGGAGACCAGGCCAAUUGGAGACGUGGUUCUCAGAGUGACAGCUUCAGAUGCUGAUAACCUGAGCCCCAACAAUGAGAUUACAUACUCUGCCUUUGGAUCUGGCCUGACGUUUUUCAAUGUUAAUAGCCAGACAGGAGAAGUGACAGUGGUCAAUAACCUCGUCCAAGAUUCCAACACAAGAUAUCAGCUGACCGUCCAAGCUACAGAUAGAGGUGCCAGCCCUCUGUCAUCAGCCCAGCCUGCAUCUGUCACUAUCAACGUUGUGAGGAACCAGGCCUCCCCUGUGUUUGUACAGACCCCUUACGACACCACUGUGUUGCGAACAGCAGGAGCCAACACCCCAGUUGUCACUGUAACUGCUACUGAUGCAGACACAAGGAGUCCCUACAAUGAAGUCACAUAUGGUAUUGCCAGCAUGACCAUCGACAGAUUCCGAAUCAACCCAACAACAGGGGAGAUAACUCUCACACAAGCUAUUGCCUCAGAUUCUCAGGCUCAAUAUGGGGUAACAGUUUUCGCACAAGAUGGAGGAAACCCAAGGCGUGUGACCUACAACACAUUUACUGUGGGAGUUGAUCGUAACCUCAAUGCACCGUUCUUAACAAAUCCUUCAGGACCAAACUUUGAAAAUUCCACCACAGUACUGGAAACUAUUGGCUUUGAUUACCUUAUCUAUGAUGUGGAUGCCUUUGAUGCAGAUUUAUCGGAUCCAUACAGGUCACUGCGCUUCUCCAUCAUUGGAGAAAAUACUGCAUCAACCUACUUCCUGAUAAAUCGUGACAGUGGUGAGAUCCGUCUCAAGUCUUCUCUUCUUCAGGACACCCUCCAGACUCGCCAGUACAGACUGAUUGUAGCAGUCACAGAUGGUGGUGAUCCACCAAGGCCUGCUCCCUCCACUGCCACCAUUACUGUCAAUGUCAUCCGCAACCUGAAUACUCCACGCUGGGUCAAUGACCCUUACAGUGCCACUAUUGAUGAGACUAUUGGUGCAAAUGUCAACAUUGUCAAUGUCCUGGCAGUUGAUGACGACACUAAUGCAUUCAACCGCGUGAGCUAUGAAAUUAUUGGGGACAGCACUGCACCUGCAUACUUCGACGUGACACCAGGUGGUAGUAUCAUUAGGAGGCAGUCACUACAAAGUAUUCCAGACACCAGGUUCUAUUUGAGAAUUGUUGCCUCCGACAAUGGUGUUCCACCUAAGACCAACACAACUGUGGUGUCGAUCAUCAUCAAUCGCAACCUAAACACCCCAACCUUCAGCCAGUUGUUAUUCACUACGGAGAUUGAUGAGACUACAGAAGUAGGAACGGCAGUUCUGAGCAUAUCAGCCACUGACCAAGAUUCUGUGCCCCCAUACAACACAGUAGAGUUUGCCCAGAUUCCCAAUGGUGCGACCGGUCUCACGUUUUUCAGUCUGGAGGCUGAUACUGGUAAUGUUGUUCUGAGGAGACCUCUAACAGGAAACCCAGAUUCAGUGUAUGAGUUCCAGGCUCUUGUACGUGACAAAGGUGUACCAUCCCGGGAGCAGUCACACGAGAGCAACUUUGGUAGCCCCUACUCAGUUACAAUCAAUGAAGAUCAAGCUGUAGGGUCACAGAUCCUACCUGUUGUUGCACAGGACUCUGAUGUCAAUAGUCCAUUUAACCAAGUGACACUUCGUGUGAUUGGUGAUGAGAAAGGACCAAUAUACUUUGGUUUGGCCAACAAUCAAAUCAAUGUCACUAGGAACCUUAUUUUGGACGCAGGAAAUGAUCUCCGUUAUACACUGCGCAUUGAAGCAAGAGAUGGAGGGUCCCCUGCCCGUUCUGCCACAGCGUUGGUUUACAUAACUGUCAACAGGAACCUUAAUCCUCCGGUGUUCACUACCCAAGCUUACAGUGCCAGGAUACCCGAGACACAACAGCUUGCAGUCUCUGUUGUACAGGUUCAGGCAACAGAUGGAGACAGAGUUGCCCCAUAUAACACAUUGCGGUAUGAGAUCAGCGGUGCUCCAUUCAGUACUCUGGGACGCCAGUACUUUAUGGUCGAUCCGGUAACUGGUGUUGUGAGUGUGAGGCGUAAUCUGGAGACAGACACCAGUGACACAUCUGUAUACAGGUUUAUUGUUGAUGCCAUAGAUGGAAGUGGAGUGAGGGCACCACAGCCUGCCAAUGUUGAUAUCACUGUGGACAGGAAUCUCUUUCCUCCAGUCUUUAUUACCACCAACUACACAGCUGUCAUCAACAACACCACACCACAGGGCUCACCAGUCUUCACUGCUUUGGCCAAUGAUGGUGAUUCUACAAGUCCCUUCAAUGUGGUGCGAUACAGCAUCAUUGGGGAUGAUGGGAGUCAGAGCUUCUUCAGUGUUGAUGCUACCAGUGGUGCAGUGUCACUUGCACAGCCAGUGUUUAACAUCCCGAAUACACAGUUCAGGGUGCGACUCCAGGCUGUGGACGACUCAGGUCUUACCGAUGUGGAAGUACUCACUGUGUUCAUUCAGAGAAACCUCUUUGCUCCUGUCUUCACUCAGACUUUAUACGAGCGUGUCAUUCAGGAAACAAUUCCUGUGUCCACCAGUAUUCUCAACGUGUUCGCCCAGGACAGCGACCAAACAGCCCCCUACAGUACAGUCAGCUAUUUUGCAAGUGGCUCAUCAGACAGGUUUCUUGUGAAUGUCAACAAUGGAGCUGUAACUGUUAGACGCUCACUUAUUGGUGAAUCUGGCCAGACUUUCACAUUCCAGGUGUAUGCCCAAGAUGGUGGUACCCCUCCACUGCGUAGUCAGUUUGUCACAGUUCGCAUCAAUGUAACUCGCAACAAUUUUCCUCCUGUGUUUGUCAACGAGCCAUACAGCCAGUCACUGCUGGCAACAGCAAGUGCAGGAGAUGGUGUAGUCCAAGUUACAGCCACUGAUGCAGAUGUUGAGUUUCCCUUCAAUAAUGUGAGGUAUGAUAUCAUUGGUGAUGACAAUGCCCCAGCCAUCUUCCAAAUUGAUGAGAGCAGUGGUCAGAUAUCUCUCCGAAACACCUUUAGUGGUGAUGGUGCUGAGCUCUACAGGAUCCGAGUACGAGCACGAGAUGGUGGCAACCCACGUCUGUCUGAUAUCACUGUUGUGUCCGUUAAUGUGACCCGAAAUCUUCGUGCACCGGUUUUCAACACCCCAACCUACAGUGCAAGGAUUUUGGAGACCAUAAACUUUGGUGAAGUUUUUAUCUCAGCCACAGCUCAAGACUUGGACACUUCGGCCCCCAACAAUGCACUGACCUACCAGCUGACUGGUAAUACAGAAUGUCAACGAUACUUUGGCAUCAACAACAAUGGGGGACUGUAUGUACAAGCUGACCUUGUCACAGAUCCUACAAGGGCCACAUUCUACACUUGCCAAGUAUCAGCACAGGACCAAGGCAAUCCACGACGGGACUCCACCAACCAGGCCACAGUGAGCAUCAAUGUGAUCAGGAACACAGCCCCAGAGUUCACUAAUCUGCCAUACAAUGCUGUAUUGCAGAGAAAUAUCACCACUGGCACAGUUGUCGGAACAUUCACAGUUACUGACAGUGAUACAGAUGCACCUUUCAAUGAACGGAACUUCAGGAUACUUGGCGAUGGCAACGCUCCUGCAUUAUUCAACCUAAAUGGAAACAAUGUGGUGGUUACCAGUGCGACUGACCUUGCUGCAGAUACCACCACUUCAUAUACGGUUCGUCUUGAAGUGAGAGAUGGUGGCCGCUCUGCUCUAUCAGGAACAGCUGUGAUGGACAUUCAAGUCAUCCGGAACCUUGCAACACCAGUCUUAAGUAAUUCAUUCAUUGAGCGCAAUAUUAAUGAAAACUAUCCAGUGGGUGGACUCAUUACUAUCCUCAAUGCAACUGAUAGUGACCCGCAGGCUCCGAAUAACGUGCUGACAUAUCUGGCCCUGAACCCGAGUAGUACAGACUACUUAUAUGUCAAUCCCAUCAAUGGAGAAGUUCGUACACAGAGGUCUUUUAUCGGGUCAACAGUCCGUCAGUAUGAUUUUUUGGUGAGGGUUCAAGAUGGUGGUAGCCCCCCUAAGACAGCUGUAGCUACUGUGCGUGUUAAUGUGGCUCGUGAUAGCCAGACACUGGCAUUCCGGCAGGACAACUAUGUGUUUACAAUUGUGGAGAACACCCCUGUCACAAGCAAUAUCAUCAAUGUUGAGGCAAUACCAGGGCCUGAUGUGAUAUACCGGCUUACUGGCUACAGUGACUCCGGAGAUUACUUCAGUGUCAACCCCAAUAAUGGGCAGAUAACUCUCAUCAAGGACCUCACAACAGAUGUUUCAAGGCGGCCAACUUUCUAUUUACAAGUUGAAGCAGAGAAGCAGUUCACAGUCAACCUGCAGAAGGCUAUUGCCAAUGUCACCAUCACAGUGCAAAGGAAUACAAAUAGUCCUAUCUUCAAUGAAACUGAUAGCAUCUAUGAGGUGAUAAUUGAUGAAACUCGUGCACUUGGGUCCACUAUCCUUCAGUUGUAUGCUCCAGAUGCUGAUGGGGAUACAGUUCGCUAUGAAGUGAUAAACUACCAGGCUGGAGAAACAGAUUUCCUCUACCUAGGACCUUUCAGUGGCCUUAUUCGUGUUGCCAAACCUUUGACAUCCACCAACACCAGGAGGUUUGAGUUCACAGUUAGGGCUAGGGAUGGAAUGAAUCCAGAAAGAUCCUCAACUGCCACUGUCAUUGUCAAUGUCCGAGGUGACAACCAGCCACCAGCAUUCAUCAAUGAACCAUACAAUUCUCGGCUCAACUUCAGUGAUCCAGUUGGAACCCGUGUGUUUAUUGUACAGGGAACAGAUCCUGACCUCAUUGGACAAAUGAAUUACGAGCUGACUGGACAAUACUUAUCAGCACCAGCCUUUUUCCGUGUGGACAGAACAACAGGAGAAGUAUUCCUGUCUUCCUCAAUAUCAACUGAGAGUACAUCCACAUACACUCUUGGCCUGUCAACUUUUGACUCUGCUCGUCCUACGAGAAGAGACUUUACCAACCUGACCAUCACUGUAAACCAGAAUCCCAAUGCUCCAGCUUUCACAACAUUCUCCUAUGACAGGACGAUCUCGGAGACAUAUGAUCUUGGUGUGUCUGUCAUCCAGAUUGAGGCUAGUGACCCAGAUGGACAAAUCCUGAUCUACACAGUAGAGGCGGCGAAUCCUACAGAUUGUGAUUCCUACUUCCUGCUCGGAGCCUCCGGACUCAUAGUGGCCUCACGUGCUCUCACAACUUCCUCAUUUCCCCAGUGCACAAUGACUGUGAGAAUCCGAGACAAUGGUGUUCCUGUAAGACAGAGUGUUGGUCUUGCCACAGCAACCAUCAGGAUUGAUAGAAACAACAAUGCUCCUGUAUUUGGAGGUGGUCCAUACACAAGAACCAUCCCUGAGACACAAAAUAUUGGCUUCACAGUCUUCCAGUUCCAAGCCAGUGAUGCUGACCAACCGAACACUGAAUUCUCACGUUUAGAGUACAGUUUGAUUGGAGAUGACAAUACUGGCAAUUUCUUUGAAAUCAAUAGCCAGACUGGUGUGUUCACAGUCCGAAGUCAACUGGACAGGAAUGAUAUAGACAGAUAUGUGGCACGAGUGGUUGUAAAGGAUGGUGGAUCUCCAAGCAAGAGCGCUACAGUCACUGGAAUUGUUAAUAUACUGAGGAACCUCAAUGACCCUGUGUUUAACCCAACCUUUUAUAAUGCGACUAUAUUUGAGACUCACGCCCUCCGUGACAGUAUUGUGCGUGUUGUAGCAACAGAUGCAGACAGAUCUGGUCCUCAGAGUACAUUCACCUUUUCGCUGCAAGACUUGUCUGGAAACUUUGCCAGCACGUAUUUCCGAAUUGAUGCAACUAGUGGCAACAUCUUUGCCCGUUUGCCUCUUACCCAGGACCUGACAGACACUUCUUUUGUUGAGUUCUCAGUAACAGCCACUGACCAAGGUGUACCAGUGCAAAUUUCAGUGGCACCUGCACGUAUGCGUGUCAACAUUAUCCGCAACCAACCCCCUGUCUUCCAGAGUGAACCCUACAGUGCAAGAAUUGACUUCACUGCUCCCGUAAACUCCCCUGUCAUAAAUGUGCAGGCUACAGAUGCUGACAUUGUGGAUCCAUUUAAUCGGGUUACUUAUUCCCUGAUUGGUGAUGGUUUGGCAACCAGCUUGUUUACAGUUACGCCUGACACUGGUGCCAUCAGGACUCAAAAUACCCUUAAUUCUGAUAACAGUGAACAAUAUGUGCUUCGAGUUGUUGCCAUGGAUGGAGGAACUCCAAGACUCACAGACACAUCAACAGUGCUAGUAACUGUAAACAGGAAUUUGAAUGCACCACAACUGCAGCCUCAAAACUACAGUGUUGGGAUUUUGGCCACACAGGCUCUCUCCAUACCCAUCCUCACUAUUAAUGCUGCUGAUGCUGAUGUUGCGGUACCAUAUAACACAGUAGUGUUCAGGCCAACAUCAAGUCCAUUGUUUAGUGAGUUCUUUGGUGUGGAUCCUUCUUCUGGGGACGUGUAUGUGAAGAAAGAUCUAGCCCUCCGGUCUGAUAUUUCAACCUAUAUUGGCACUGUGUCAGUGUGUGACUCAGCCUCUAGUCCACGUUGUUCUGAUGUGCUAUCCUAUGUGACCGUCCUGGUGACACAUAACCAGAACACACCCUUCUUCAUCAAUGAGCCAUACAGAAGAGACCUCCAGCGCACUCUUGGUGCCGGAACAGGAGUGUUGACAGUUCAAGCAGAAGACAGGGAUGAUCCUAGCACAAUCUUUGGGCAGAUUCGUUACACUCUCAUUGGUGAUGACCAAGCCCCCAACUUCUUCAGUAUCAACCCCACGAGUGGACUCAUUGAGAUCAGCAAUGCACUGGGUCAAACCUCAGACAAUCUCUAUCAGCUUCGUGUCCAGGCAUGUGACCUUGGUGGUCUGUGUAACCGUACCACAGUCAUUGUGACUAUCACUACAAACUUUCAAGCUCCCAUCAUCUCCCCAGCUACCUAUACUCAGACUGUGCAGGAGACCAUCUCACUAGGAACACCCAUCAUUGAUGUCAAUGCUACAGAUGCUGAUCCCACGGCUCCAAACAACCAGAUUACAUACGUCAUAUCUGAAGGCCCUGAGGACCUGGAAUGUUUCACGAUCAACCCGGACACUGGUGUCAUCACUGCAAGACGCUCAUUACUUUACAAUCCAUGCACAGCAUCAGUUUACUCUAUGCUAGUGGUUGCUCGUGACCGUGGUUCCCCAUCGCUGGAAAGCACUGCUGCUUCUGUGACCAUCAAUGUACAGCGCAACGACAACCCUCCUAUUUUCACCAAUGAACCAUAUAUAACCAGUCUGCGGGAAGAUGCCAGUAUAAAUGAUCCUGUCUUCACAGUAACUGCUGUUGACACGGAUAUUGUUGCUCCGUUCAACACCAUUCAGUUUAGUCUCAUUGGUGAUGACACAGCUCCAGUCUACUUCGAUAUCCGUCAAAUUGAUAACAACAAUGCACAGAUUUUCGUGAAAGCACCAGUCUUGAAUGAUGACAAGACAACUUAUAUUGUGAGAGUCCGAGCGGCUGAUGGAGGUAUUCCUAGCAAGUCCGACACGACCACUGUUCGCAUCACAGUCAACAGGAAUCUGUUUGCUCCUCGCUUUGAUCCAAUUAAUUACAACAUCACCAUUUUCGAGACUCAGUCAUUGGGAUUGUCCAUCUUCCAAGUGACUGCUACUGAUGGUGACAGCAAGUCUCCCCAUCGUGAUGUACGCUAUGAAGCUACAGGAGAUGGCACAGCACUGACGUACUUCAACAUCUUAUCCAAUAGUGGUACUCUGUAUGUACAGAGAGACCUACGAACAGACACACAGAAGAGGACCACAUACAAUUUUGUUAUCAGCAGUCGUGAUCUUGGUGUUCCUUCACUCCCUGGUUCCAAUAUUGCAACAGUUACUAUUAAUGUGUUGAGGAAUCUGAAUUGCCCAGCAUAUACAACACUCCCAAGGAGCAUAACUAUCAAUCAGACAGCCACCGGGGUGAUCUUUAAUGUUGAUGCCACUGAUGCAGACACUGCGAAUGAAUACAACACAGCAUCCAUCAGGUACCAGAUUGUGGGGGAUGACAACGCCAACAACUUCUUCAGUAUUAAUCCUUCAAGUGGUCAGAUCACUGCACUAGCUUCAAUCAGCACUGAUACCUCCUUUGUGUACAGAGUUCGAGUGAAUGCAGCUGAUGGUGGUUCCCCUUCAUGUACGGCUGUUGCAGUGUUGACUGUCAAUGUGCGUCGAAACCUCAAUCCUCCAGUCUUUACACAGCUGAAUGUUGUUGCCACUAUCCUUGAGACUCAUAGUGUAGAGGCACUUGUCUCAAACCUCCUAGCAACAGACUUUGACACAGGGAAUGGAGCUGUGAUUUCCUAUGGAUUUGAAACCUCCUCACAAUGGCAAAAUUUGUUCAGGAUUGAUGCCAACACUGGAAAUGUGUUCCUUCGUAGAAGACUCAUUGGUGUUACUGGGAACCAAUUUGUGAUGCAGUUCCUUGCAACAGACAAUGGCAAUCCACGGCUGACAAGUACACCAGCAACACUGACAGUGAAUGUUCUGAGGAACAGCUUCCCUCCAGAGUUCCUACUAGAACCUUACAAUGAAAACAUUCGCCGUGAUGUUGGACCCAACACUCUUGUAACAAGAGUUGUAGCAAGAGACAAUGAUACUGUGUCACCCUUCAAUAGGACAUCUUUCACAAUAAUUGGGGAUGAAAAUGCGAAUGCCUACUUCCGAAUUGACCCCACUACUGGGCAGAUCUUCACUACCAGUGCCAUUGAUUCUGUUGCUACACCUGUGUUUAAUGUACGUGUUGUUGUAUCUGAUGGUGGAGAGCCUGCUUUGACCGACACUUCUGUGGUGCGUGUCUUUGUGAAUCGGAACCUGGCCAGUCCUGCGUUCAAUCAAGUUCAGUACACAGUCCGAAUCCUGGAAGACCAACUUGUAGGACUGCCUCUAACCCCUGUCACAUGCACAGAUGCCGAUAACUUUGCACCAUACAACCAAGUGCGUUACGCACUGACAGGAAACAGCACUGUUCUACAGUUCUUCCAAGUAAAUACAGUCAGUAACGUUGGUACUGUGUCAUUGAAGAGAGCGAUAUAUGAUUACCCAGACAACACUGUUACACAGCUGCAGUUCCAAGUGACUUGUGAAGAUCUUGGAAAUCCAAGCCAAGCAGCCAGCAACUCUGCAACCGUCUUUGUGACUAUUGUGAGGAAUACCCCACCAUUCUUUGAUGGUAUACCAUACUCUACAGUCAUCCCAGCUACACAAGCAGCAGACACGUCCGUGUUCCAGGUGGCUGCCAGAGAUAAUGAUGUGGAUGCCCCAUUCAAUGAAAUAUCCCUGUCUCUUUUGGGUGACUCAAAUACACCAUCCUACUUCACAUUGAGUCAAACUGGCCUUAUCUCUGUCAGAAGUGGAGUCAACCUUACUACUGACACCAGGACAAACUAUGUUGCUCGUGUCCAAGUGCGUGAUGGUGGCACCCCAUCUUUGACCUCAACAGCCUUAGUUGCUAUCUCAGUCACACGGAACUUCUUUGCCCCAGUAUUUUCAAAUUCUCGGGUGCAAGAGACCAUACCAGAAACAACUCCUGUCGGCACCACCGUCACCACUCUUACAGCCUCGGAUAGAGAUACUGUGGCUCCCAAUGGAAACUUUCAGUACAGGCUUGUGAGUGGUACUGGUGUAGGUUUCUUCUAUGUUGAUCCAAACAAUGGUCAGGUUGUCCUUCUGAGGACAGUUGAAGGACUUUCCACUCAAAGAUUCUUCACGCUCAAUGUAGAAGCACGAGAUGAAGGAACACCAUCACUCUUUGCCACAGCCAUUGUGGAAGUUACUAUCUCUUUCGACCCAGACCAGCUGGUCUUCGGUGCUGGAGAAUACAACAUAACUAUCAGUGAAAACACAGCAGUGGACACUGUCAUCACAACAGUGCAAGCUCAACCACAGGCAGGAGUAGUAUACACAGUGACUGGCCUUAGUUCAGGCCCAGACUUCUUCCUUGUGGAUGGAUCUACUGGCCAGGUCCGUGUAAAGACUCUCCUGACCUCAGAUGCUGCUGAACUUACUGGCUACCGGUUGAGAGUAAGAGCUACCAGGACUGGCGUUUCAUCACAGACAGCCUUCACCACAGUCAACAUCAUUGUCAACAGAAAUAUUAAUGCCCCAGUGUUUGACAGAGCACAAUACCUCAUCACAAUACCUGACACCACGCCACUUGGCAGUGUCCUUGACACUGUGAGAGCCACUGAUGCUGAUGGGGAUGUGAUAGAAUACACCCUGUUGACUGGACAGCCAGCAUCAGAUUUCUUCCUUGUUGGGCCUCGUGAUGGAAGCAUCACCCUCAAGACGACACUCAUUGGCACUACACAGAAUGUCUAUCAGUUUACCAUUCAAGCUGAUGAUCAGAAGGUGCCACGUCAGAAAACUUCAACAGUUCAGGUGACAGUCAACAUCACUCGUGAUGCAGGUGCUCCACGUUUCAUCGGAAUUCCCUAUUUUUUUAACAUCAGAGGAGAUGUAGCAGAAAGUUCAAGCAUCUUCACAGUCACUGCUACUGAUGAUGACCUUAGGGGUCAGAUUGAGUUUGUGACCAUUGGACAAGGUGUAGCUGAGGCAUUCUUUACAUUGAACACUCAGCCUGCACAGAAUCCUCGUGAGUCCUUUGUGAUUGUACGGGAUACCAGUGCCCUGAGGAAUGAUGUGACACAACAGUAUACACUCAGAGUCCGGGCCUAUGACACUGCUUACCCCAAUAACCCAGCUACAACUGAUGUCACCAUCAAUAUCGAGAGGAACCUGAACAGCCCACAGUUCUCUAGCCAAAGAUAUCAAGUGACCAUUUAUGCCACUCAGGUGCUAGGUGUACCCAUCAUACAAGUGAAUGCUUCAGAUGCUGAUGGGGAUAACCUGAUGUUCGAAAUAACAGGGAGUAGUCAGGCUCAAGCAUUCUACAAUAUCAACCCACUCACAGGAGAAAUCUAUGUGAAGAGGUCACUGCUGGAAGGCAAUCAGCUCAAUGACCAGAUAAGUCUGCGAGUGCGAGAUCAGAGGACUCCUGAAAAAUAUGGCACAGCUGAAGUUGAUGUCACUAUCAAAAGGGACAGAUUUACUCCAGAGUUCCAGAAUCAGCCCUACAUUAGAAACAACUUCCCAUAUCGAUCAAAUGUUAAUGAUAAUGUUCUGACUGUUCUUGCCACAGACAGAGAUCUUGAGGGGACAAUUGUUUACGAAGUGACAGGUGUCUAUCCUGCUCCAUCAUUCUUCAGAGUAAACAAUGAGACUGGCUUGGUUGACCUCAGCCAGCAGCUCACCACCAUCAGCGGAGACUAUAGGUUACGGGUCAUUGCAUAUGACAGCUUCUACCCAAACAAUGCAGCCACAUCAACAGUGACGAUCCUUGUGGAUACCAACCCCAACACUCCUAUAUGUAACCCACCUGUUAUCAGUCAAAGCUUGGACACUGGCUCACUACUAACUCCAGUUGGAUUUGUCAUUGGGACUGUCAAUGCAACGGAUGCUGAUGGGGAUCAAAUCUCCUAUUCCAUAGUGAAUGGUGACCCUGAGGAUUACAGAUACUUCAUUGUAGACCCAACUGAUGGCACCCUUCGUCUCCGUGAACCUAUCGAUAAUACCUUCACUGGCUUUAACUUCCAGAUUCAAGCCUCAGACCGUGGUGUUCCUACUGCCAAAGUGUGUACAACAUUUGUUAGCAUCACAGUUCAGAGGGAUGACGCUCCCUUCUUUGUCAAUGAGCCAUACAGUAACACCAUUGAUGAGACAGUCACGACUGGUACUCCAGUAUUCCGAGUAGAAGCCCAAGACAAUAAUCUCAAGGGUCGAAUUGUGUAUGGUUUGGCUGGUGAUCUGCGUGCUCCCUACUUCUUCACUAUCAAUGACACAAAUGGCAUCAUCACUCUAAGGAACAGUAUACGAACAGACACCUUCAUGUCAUACAAGGCUAGAGUAACAGCAUACGACUCGGGAUCAACGACACGUACUGCCACAGCAACUGUAGACCUCACUGUGAAUCGCAAUGCUGGCCAACCAGCAUUUGGUUUACCUAGUUAUGAUACGACCAUUGAGGAGUUGACAGCAGUGGGAACAAACAUCAUCAAUGUCACAGCCACUGAUUCAGAUCAAGAUGUCCUCCGCUACACUCUUGAGGGCAACCCGGUAUCAGUGAAUGGGCUACAGUAUUUUGGCAUCAACUCCAAUACAGGCAGGAUCAGUGUCAUCAGACCAUUGACAGCUGAUGUGGCCAGAACAAGUCAAUAUGUGAUGACUGUACGAGUAACGGACCAGAGGCAACCAGUUGAGAAGUCAAGCACUGCCCAAGUGACAGUUAAUGUUCUCCGUAACCUCAACAAACCAUAUUUCAGAAACAACCCAUACUCUCGGCAGAUCUCUGAAUUAACCACAGUGUCAACUUCAAUCAUCACAGUCACUGCUGUUGAUGAUGACCUCAAGGGAGAUCUAAUUCUGGACGUAGUUGGAGAAGGAUCAGCACCAUCCUACUUUAGUCUCACACCAGCCACACGAGUUGCUACAACCCGAAAUGCUCAGGUUGAUCUCCGGAACAGUGUACGAUCUGACAGAGGGCAGUUUCAGUAUGUGCUUGUUGUGAGAGCCUAUGACUCCUUCUAUCCUCAAGAUUUUGUUGAAGAGCGUGUAGUUAUUGAUGUCACACGCAACGAAUUUGCACCAGAGUACAUCAACACACCCUAUCGAGUAACAAUUGAUGAGGACACACCAGUAGGCAGAGCAGUUAUAGAUGUGAAUGCUACAGACCGUAAUGGGGAUCGCAUUUACUAUGCAGCAUAUGGAGAAGCAGACACCAUGCAAUUGUUCCAACUAGACCCAAACAGUGGAGUAGUAACACUGAUCAGACCCCUGGUGCCUGGAACCCAGAUGCAGUACACGAUGAGAGUGAAUGCCACUGAUGGAGGUCUUCCUGAACGAUGGACGCCAGUGGAAGUCAUCAUUACAAUCAGACGAGAUCAGUUUGCACCCAUAUUUAUUGGAAACUAUCAAACAAAUGUCUUUGAGACCCAGGCAGUACCAUCAGAUGUACCAAUUGUUGUACAGGCCACAGACCAGGAUGGAGUUGUUGGCCAGAUUGUGUACAAGGCUACAGGCAUCUACCCAGCACUGAGUUUCUUCGAAGUGGAUGGAACAUCAGGACAGAUCAGACUCAUCAGAGAUCUCAAAAUGGACUUUAGCAAGCCCAACCCAUACUUGCUGGAAGUGACAGCUGAAGACAGUGCAAGGCCAAGAAAGAAGGGAACAGCUACUGUCACCAUCAAUAUAAUCCGCAAUCCUAACACACCACAGUGGGGUUUGCGUAGCUACUCCGCCAACAUCCCAGAAGACUACCCUGUCCCUGGACCUGUUGUAAAUGUUACUGCAACUGACUUGGAUGCUGGGGACAAGAUAAAAUACAGUUUGAACUCAGAGGUGAUCCAGAGAGAUGUGAAUAUCGGUCCUAUCGGCUACUUCUACAUUGACACAGACACCGGACUCAUCUCACUGAGAAGGAGUGUCCUUGGCAGUGGAAUUAGACAGUUCACGCUUGGUAUCACUGCCUGUGAUAAUGGAUAUCCAGUUCGCUGCAUCAAUACGACAGCAGUAAUUACAAUCAACCGUGAUGGUCAGUCACCCGUUUGGCAGAAUUCCCCCUACAAUGUUCAGAUCCAGGAGACUCACGCUGUUGGCACAUUCGUUCUAUCAGUCCGAGCGGUUGACCCAGAUUUAAAGCCCGGCAGCCAGGUGGUAUAUGAGUUUGUUAACCGGCCUGCCUUCUUUGCCCUUGAUGAGUUAUCUGGGAACAUCACUCUGGAAAACAGUGUUCUCUUUGAUUCCAACACACAGUAUAAUUUCCAAGUUCGAGCAUAUGACAGGUUGGACAAACCUCGAAGUGUGACAGCUGAUGUGACGGUGUUUGUCAUCAGGAAUGCCAACGCUCCAAGCUUCCUACGUCAGCCGUAUCAGACAACUAUCUCUGAGUACUAUACUGUAGGUUCUGAGGUCCUCAACACUACAGCAGUGGAUCUGGAUGGGGAUGUGCCACUGUACUCCUUUGUGAACCCGACAAAUGAGUUUGCCAGCAAAUUUUACAUUGACCCUCGUGAUGGAAUCAUCUACCUGAGGAGUUCCAUGGAGAGGACCCCGAUUACAUUCUACAAUGUUACCAUCUCAGCAACGGAUCAAAGACUUGUGUCUCCCCGAAGUAGUAGUACAUAUGCCGAAAUACGAGUGGAUCUAGAUGACACCCCACAGUUCACCCAGAAUCCAUAUAAUCGACCGAUUCAGGAAAGCUUUACUGUUGGCACCUCAGUCAUUACUGUCCAGGCAGUUGAUCCUGAUCUACAGGGUGAUAUUCGUUAUGGCAUUGAUGGGCUCUACCCAGCUGAAUCCUUCUUUGGCAUCAAUUCCACAUCUGGAAUAAUAUCACUCCGACAGGACAUCAAGAAUGAGCCUCUUCAGCUGUCCAGCUACACAUUGCGAGUAUUUGCUUACGAUACUGCACACCCUACCAGCCGAGGAUCCUCCAGCGUUCUUCUUAGCCUGGUGCGAGAUCCCAAUGCACCACGCUUCAUUCCAACUGAUCAGUAUGAAACAAUUGUGGAUGUGAACACGCCAAUUGGGGAUAGGAUUGAAAAUACCACUGCAAUUGAUCUUGAUGGAGACACAGUGACAUAUCGUGUGGUAACUGCCUUCACCAACACUCUGAAGUACUUCUAUCUUGACCCUGACACUGGGGAUAUCCAUGUCCGUGCUCCACUCACAUCAGCACCUGAGAAUUUCUAUAGUAUGGUGGUUCAAGCAUCGGAUGGUCGUGGAGGAACGGCCAAUGCAACAGUUACAAUAGAGAUCAAUCGACCACGUAACCGUGAUCCCACUUUCACUGGCCAGCCAUAUAAUGCCAAUAUCCUUGUCACUCAACCAGCCAACUCGUAUGUGACGAGAGUCACAGCAACAGAUGCAGAUCUUCAGGGGAAUAUUGAGUAUGAGGCAGUUGGUGUGUACCCAGCGCGUGACUUCUUCCGUCUAAACAAGACCACUGGAGAAAUAUAUGUGUCGAGGAACCUCACCACUGAUCCCUUGAGAACACCCAGAUACACACUCCGCGUGCAAGCAUAUGAUACAGCAUUCCCAACUAUGCGUGCCAGUGAAGAUGUGGUCAUCUUUGUCAACCUCAAUCCAAAUGGUCCAGUAUUUAAUGAUUCCGAGUACAGAAUCAGCAUUCCAGAGAACUAUCCUCUGAACAGCAUGCUGCUGGGAGUUGGCGCUUUUGAUCCUGAUGGGGACUCGAUCCAGUAUGUCAUUCUUCAAGAUACUGAGGGACAGACUGCUUCCAGGUACUUCACUGUGGGAACCACUUCUGGAAUCAUUUUCACUCGCAGUAGCUUACAAGCUGCAGGAACUCCAAACUUCUUCAGGUUCACUGUACAGGCAGUCGACAAUGGGUCACCUCGUCGUACAAGUCAAUUAUUUGUCUAUGUUACCAUUGAGCGAGAUGCAGGGGCUCCAGUAUUCAGUCAGGUUGAAUACCAGACUAAUAUCCCAGAGAACACCGCUGUGAAUGACACACAACCAGUCCUCACAGUAUUUGCUAAUGAUGCAGACAGAAAGGGCUCUGUGAAAUAUGUUAUUACUGGUGAUGGCCUGGGCAUGGCUUUCUUCUGGAUGGAUGAAAAUAAUGGCAGAUUGUAUGUCAGACGCCCCCUCACAUCCACAACAACUUCCAGAUUCGAUAUGACAGUUGCAGCCUUCGACUCUGAGUUCCCCCUGAAAAGAUCGACAGCAAGAGUAACUGUCUAUGUUGACCGUAAUGUUGGGGUACCUCAGUUCACCGCUCCGCAGUACAGUGCUCAGGUAUUUGAGUUCACCAACACAGGAACCUCAGUACUUCGGGUGAAUGCAUCAGAUAGUGAUGGGGACACUGUGCGGUACAGUAUGGUUCUGCCUAAUGAUGAGGCCCAGAUGUACUUCUUCAUCGAUGAUCGAACUGGUGACAUCUAUGUCAGGAGAUCCUUGUCUCUCAACACCCAGUCCCAAUAUGUAUUCCAGGUUCGUGCCAGUGAUCAGAGAGAUCCACCAAGGGAAUCUGAUACUCAAGUUGUUAUACAAGUUUUGAGGGAUACCCAACCACGUUUCAUUGGCACACCAUACUUCGCUAGUGCGUCUGAGUCAAACACAGUGGACACAUUCAUCUUCGAUGUCAAUGCAGUCGAUGAUAAUCUAAGGGGUCAGCUAGUCUAUGAAAUUAUUGGAGACAUCCCAGCUCCGAGCUAUUUCAAGAUCAACUCAACAACAGGAGUCAUCUCUGUCCGAUCGAAUCUCACAACUGUUCAGUCCAGGCAAUACACACUUCGUGUUUCUGUCUACGAUUCAGACAUCCCAUCAGUGCGGAGUACUCAAACAGUCAUCAUCCAAGUGGAUGUCAACAGCAAUGCCCCCAAGUUCACUCUCAACCCUUACGUCAUCAAUAUCAGUGAAGACAAGCAAAUUGGGACCCUUGUCACCACAGUCACAGCUGUAGAUCCAGAUGGGGAUAGAGUAACCUACAAUCUGGAGGCCACCACGAAUGCAGGCAGCUAUUUCUUCCUUAAUGGAGCAACUGGAGAUAUCUAUCUCAUACGCUCAGUGCAGAAUAUUCCCAACACACAGUUCUCGCUGCCAGUGCGAGCAUAUGACAGACCAAUUCUGACCCAGGAAGACCGUAGCCAAGUGAUAAUCAACAUUCAGAAAGAUCAGUUCCCACCAGAGUUCCUUGGGACCCCUUACAGGGUUACUGGUGUGCCAGAAACAAUUCCAGUCGGAACAGUCAUCUCCAGUGCUGUAUCAGCAAGAGAUCCAGAUCUGAAGGGCUCUCUUGUGUUUGAAGCCACAGGUAUCUAUCCUGCACAGACCUUCUUUGAUGUCAACAGAAAUGAUGGCAGAAUCAACGUUACACAGGAUCUGAAGAAUGAUGGCUUAGGCCGUGAUUCUUACACUCUCCAAAUAACUGUGUAUGACAGCCAGGUACCUGAUGCCCGUGUGACUGAAAAUGUGGAGAUCGGUGUGGUGCGCAAUGCCAACAGUCCGCAGUUCUCUCAGACUGCCUACACACGGACAAUACUGGAGACACACCAGUUGGCAGUGCCUGUCAUCAAUAUAAAUGCAACUGACCAGGACAGAGAUGCUGUCACUUAUCAACUGACAUCUGAUCUGAAUGGUGCUGAUGGCCUGUCCUACUUCUACAUUGUGCGGGAAACUGGAAUAAUCUACCCUAGAAGACAACUGAUCGGCUUGGGAGGACGCACAUACACGAUGAAUGUGAGGGCUACAGACAAUGGCCGUCCUACAAAGACUUCUGAAGUGACUGUCAAUAUUAUCAUUACUGGCAUCCAAAGACCUACCUUUAGCAGCAGCAGUUUUGCUACAACUGUACGAGAAGACCGUACAGUCACUGCCAGCAUAUAUCAGUUUUCUGCCAGCAAACCUAAUCUUGGUGGUUCCAUGGUGUAUGAAGUGCAAGGAGAAGGUCUAGCCCCAUACUUCUUUGCUGUCAACCAGACAACUGGUAUUGUUACAGUUCGCAAUGACCUCCGCUCAGGACGUGAUACACAAUAUACUCUUCGUGUUCGUGCCUAUGAUUCUGAAUUCCCAACAUUUUGGGCUGAGAGUACAUUGGUGAUCACUGUGACAAGGAAUCCAUCUUCCCCAUUGUUCAUUGGAAAACCAUACUCAACCACCAUUCAGGACAACGCAGGUCUAGGGACCACUGUUACCAAUGUAAUCAGUGCACAGGAUGCAGACCAAAGGGACAAGUUGACUUUCACCAUCACUGGUGAUACACGAUGCCAGGAAACCUUCUACAUGAAUCCUGACACUGGUGUAGUCCUCCUUGGCAAGAAUCUGCGUGUGGCCACUACUCCAAGUUUCACUUGUAGCAUCCAAGUAACAGACAAUGGCUUCCCAACUGCAAAUGUGGAUACUACAACACUUGUAGUAAAUGUUGGCUCAAUCCAGUUCCCUCAGUUUACACAGAAUGAGUAUUCUGCCACAGUUGAUGAGAAGAACCCACUUGGUACAUUUGUUGUUGAUGUACAAGCCACAAAGAAUCCCCCAGGUAACAUGGUGUAUGAGGUUGUUGGAGAAUACCCAGCUCCAACGUUCUUCGGCGUCAAUAACCGCACUGGUAGAGUUACCAUUAUCAAUGAUCUGCGACCAGAUGGCAACCGCGAAUACAAGCUCCUGGUGGUUGGUUACGAUUCACUGUACCCAGAUCUGAGAAGCACCUCGACAGUCCGUAUCACUGUAAACAGAAAUGGAUUUGGCCCUGAGUUCAGCCCUACCAGCGUUAGCCUGAACUUGCCAGAGACAACCAGCACAGAGUCUUGGUCCAGGCCGAUCAAUGUCACGGAUAGGGAUAGUUCCAUGACAACCUGUGAGAUCAGUGGCACUGCCAAGGCACAAGAAUUCUUUGCUGUCGAUUCUCGCACUUGUUUGCUGACUCUGAAGAAGAACUUGACAACAGACACUGACCGUACAACAAGAUAUGAUAUCACCAUUAUUGCUAAAGACAAUGGUAAUCCUGCUCGAACUGGUACAACAGUGGUGACAGUAAAUGUUCCCCGUGACACAGCCAUUCCUAUUAUCCGUAACCUGCCUGCAUCAGUGACAGUUGAGGAGUCUGCACAACCUACAGAUCUCGUGUACACCAUCGAUCCAUUUGAUGCAGAUCUAGAUGGGAGUAUACGAUGCCGAAUGAUUGGAGAUUGGCCUUCAUCCACUUUCUUCACCCUUGAUAGUGCUACUGGACAAGUAAGGAUCGACAACUCUCCAAAACUUGAUACUAUGAGCAGGGAUGAAUACAAGGUACGGAUUCAGUGUUAUGAUACAGCUUGGCCAGACAAUAGGGCAGAGGGUUUGCUUACCGUCAAUGUCCGACGCAACCCUGCAUUCCCAGCAUUUACCAACACCCCAUACUCAAGGAGCAUUCCUGAUACAUUACCCCUGGGCAGCACCAUUCUUCAACUCUCUGGACAGGACCCAGAUGGGGAUUCUGUAACCUUCAGCAACCAAGGUACCGACACAGACAAGAGCUUUUACUAUGUGAACCCAACAACUGGUGUUGUUGUGUUGCUGAAAGACUUGAGAUCGACUGACCGCACAUCAUUUGAGAUCCCAGUGCAAGUUUCUGACGGUCGUGGAAAAACUGGUGAUGCUAUUGUUAGGAUAACAGUGACAAAGAACAGUGGCCCACCAGUGUUCAGCAAUACACCAUAUGAAACUAGAAUCCCAGUCACACAGCCUGUUGGAACUCGUGUACUCUCGCUCUCCGUCAAUGAUCCUGAUCGCGUGGGAACCAUUGUUUGCCAACUUGAGGGGUAUGAACCUGGACAAACCUACUUUGAUCUUAACAAUGUCACACAUGCCAUCACAGUUCGGGCCAACCUGACUCUCAACCCACAACCUGAUGUCAGUUAUGUGCUCCUGGCGAAGUGCUUUGACUCUGGUAACCCAAGUGAAGUGUCUUAUACUACUGCAAAGAUCAAUGUUGAACGCAAUCUCGCCAGCCCACGAUUUUCACCAACUCAGUACACAGCUACCAUCAAUGACUAUGAUCCUAAAGGAACAAAUGUUGUUGCUGUCACUGCCACUGACAGUGAUCCAUUGGCCCCAGAGAAUCAAAUCAUGUUCAGCCUGAGUGACGGAAGCCGUGCUGCCAAUGACUACUUCACAGUUCACCCCUUCACAGGUCUGAUCACCGUCAGUAGGCGUGUGUCUGAAGAUCCUACCACACAGAACAGAUACAUACUGUACGUGGUUGCUCAAGACACAAGCUUGACACCUAGAAGUUCUACUGCAACUGUGACUGUCCUAGUAGCCCGAAACCAGGCUCCAGUGUUUCUGCGAGAGGAUACCUACUCUACUGUGGUGGAUGAGGAAGCACCUGUUCUCAACUACACUAUCCUCACUGUCACAGCCACAGAUUCUGAUGAUUCUACUACCCUCAAUGGCCAAGUGCGAUACAGUAUCCUCAGUAGCGGUGCCAACAGGGUAUUCCAGAUGAACCCAGCCACUGGUGCCAUUUCUCCUCGUAUUGACCUUCGCCGUGUCACUCAGCCGAUCUGGAGGUUUGACGUUCAAGCUACAGAUGCUGGUAUCCCACCUUUGUCUGACACUGCUGCUGUUUUUUUUUCACAAUCUCCAAGUUGGGACUGCCAACAUUCACACAAAGUGAAGUUGAAAUCAAUAUCAAUGAAAACCGACCAGUCAAUGAUAGCAUUUACACCAUCACAGCAACAGAUCCGAUCACUGGAUGUUUUGCAGUAUGAGUUGAGGGGAGAUGGUCUUGGGCCAAACUUUUUCAGCAUCAAUCGACAGACAGGGCAGAUCACUGUCAGCAGGCCUCUUAUUGAAGAUACACAGAAGGUCACAGUAUACACUCUGAGAGUUGUAGCUUUCAGACUGUCAAACACAGCUGAAACUACUGAGGCCAUUGUGAGAGUCAACGUCUUGAGGAAUCCAAAUGCACCUGUUUUCCCUGACCAAACCUUGGUGUUCAACCUGCCAGAGAAUCAGCCCCUGGGUGUUGAGUUUGGAAGGAUAAAUGCAACAGACUCUGACAGAGGUGACAACGGUGUUCUUGAUUUCUCCAUUGAUACAACUGGUGUUACACCAUCAUAUUCUUAUGGUUACUUCUUCGUCAACCCAACCACUGGUGCUUUGUCUGUGAUUACAAGAUUGUCUGAAGACAGUAACACACAGCAAUAUCUGUUCAAUGUUAUGGCCAUUGAUCGUGGAUCUCCUCGGCGUACUGCAUCAGUGACAGUGACAGUAAAUGUUGCUCGCAAUCCCGGUGCACCUGUCUUCGCUCCUAACUUGUAUGAAAGAACUGUUCCUGAAGUGACCCCAGAGGGGACAAGCAUAGUAGAUGUCAAUGCUGCUGAUGCUGAUGGGGACACUGUGACCUACACCAUCCUACAGGAGCCACCAGAUAGCUAUUACUUCAAUAUUGUGCCAGCCACUGGCCUCAUCACACUUGCCAGAUCUUUCACUCAGGAGCUGCAAGACCGAUAUAUUAUCCGAGUUGUUGCUAGUGAUGGCCGAUCAUCCCCCAGAUCUGAUACUGCUACAGUGACAGUGAAUAUAGUGAGAAACCCCAAUGCCCCUAAAUUCAAUCCUCACAAUGGUACUGUGGAUGUGUCCGAAUACAGGCCUAUACAGACAGUCAUUACUACAAUAAGGGCGACAGAUAAUGAUACUGCUUCGACACUUGGUGGUCAGCUGCGUUAUUCAAUUACUGGUGUGAGCCCUAUCAGUGCCACCGACUACUUCAUCAUCAGUCCCACAUCUGGUGAUAUCCUCCUUGCAAAGCCUCUGGCUAAUGCCAUUUCACCAAACCGAACUGAGCUCACCAUACAAGUUACUGAUAGAGCCGCUAGACCCAAAACUGACGUUACCACACUUGUCAUUAACACCAUAAGGAACAUGUAUGCACCAGAGUUCACAGCAGCUUCUAUAUCUGCUAAUGCCAGUGAACGUGAUCCCAUCGGCAGAGUCAUCGCAAACGUAACAGCCACAGAUGCCGAUGUCAAUGUCCCAAAGAAUCAGUUUACACCAAAUGCACAGAUUGAAUACCGCAUCAUUGGCAAUGCUGUAGAUGUGCGGUCGUUUGGAAUAGCUUCUGAUGGCAGCAUUUUCAUUACUCAACCACUGUCCAAUGAUAAUGCUGAAGGAAAUUACAUGAGAUCUUUUAAAGUUCGUGCUACUGACCGUAGUUGGAAUCCAAAGUUCAGUGAGAUCCAGGUGAAUGUCAGUGUCACCCCACUGAAUGUGGUUCUGGGAGACCUUGGCUUCAUUCAACCUGUAUACUACAAAGAAAUCCCUGAAAAUGUGCAGAACAAGACGGUGCUGUUCUUGGAUGUUGUGAAUCAACAGAACAAUGAAGUCACAUGCUCCAUCAUUAGCGGUGAUGAAACAGAGACUGGUUUAUUCACUACAACGCCAGAUACUGAUCGCAAGAACUGCUACUUAAUGUUGAUGAGGAAUCUGGACAGGGAACAGAAAGACAUAUACAAGUUGAGAGUAAGAGUGUCAGCAGCUCCAAGUGUCCAAACCUACAAUUCCUGGAAAAUUGCAGAUAUUGUCCUGAUAGUCACUGAUGUCAAUGACAAUAAUCCAAUUUUCAAGUACCAAGAUAUCCCUGCAAAUGGGUACAACAAGGACCAAUACUAUGGGGCCAUCUCUAUCCAGGCUAAACCUGAUGAACAAGUGCUCAGAAUCAAUGCUACUGAUUUGGAUAUAGGACCUAAUGGUCUGGUGACCUACGGCCGUGACAUCUCACAGGAAACUGUUCCACCCUUCGGGGUCACAUCAAAUGAAGGUCUUAUCUUCACCACUACCGAGUUUGACCAAAAACCAACAGCACCGAGACAGAUUCGAUUUGGUGUACAGGCUCAAGACAACCCAACACAGGAGGCCCCAAGAGUCUCAACAACCACAGUUGUGGUUGACCUAAUUGAAGAUUACAACAGAUUUAUCCUUGUUAUGGAUAAAACACGGGCUAAUGAAAUCAUUCCCAAUAUUGAAGUCGUUAGAAAAUCAAUACAGGAUGCAGUUGGCUUCCUUACCCUCAUAGAGAGAGUAGAAGGCAAAAGGACUCGACAAAACCAGAACAAUAUCUUGCUACAAAUGGAGUCAACUGAUAUCGUGUUUGUUCUCGUUGGAAACGAAGCAGACUACAGCUAUGCACUUAUGAACAAUACAAACAAAGCAAUUCAAGAUAGUAUACUAUCAGAUGACACUCUGUCGAGAUUGAAUGUUCGUAUUGGGUCGGACACUAGCUUUAACGUUGAGCGUGUGAGGCUGCCAUACCCACAAGCUUCCCUGAUCCGCACAAUGGUGACCAAGUCCUACAUCUGGUGGAUGGAUGACCCAUGGGCAGCACUUAUUGCUCUGGCUGCCAUUAUCAUUCUCCUCAGUAUUGUGGGAAUCAUCGUCAUCGUCUUCUCCUAUUCCAGGUACAUGAAGUUCAUCCAGCAGUACAGACUCUAUCAACACAACUAUGGUGAUGCCCCUGAAUUUACAGAACCACCUAGCUUUUUACGAGAAUACGAAACUCAGAGUUUGAAUAUGUACGUCCCACCUGAUGAGCAAAUUCAGAGUGUUGGGGAGAUCAACAUGACGUUUGAGGGUGACACAAUGAAGGGAGCCAUGCAUACUAACCAUGGAGAGGAUGUGGCAGCAGUUGUUAAUCCAAUCUUCCAAGGAGAAGGUCAAGGUCAACAGCAACUCUCCUACAAUGAAAGCACAACAAUAUUGUAACAUGUAACCCCAGUCUUGCCACCACCCUUGAAUUUGACCUUUGACACCAUGACCUUUCAGAAGAAAUAAUCUUGAUCUAUGAUGUUCACAAAAAAUCCAUGGACUUAGAAUAGCUGGAUUUACUUGUGGUGCUAUUUCAACCAAAUCACCUACACACAGCAAUGUAACAACAUGGAGGAAAGGUCACACAAAAAUAGUUAUUGCAAAUUUUGUAUAUGAUUUUAUAUGUAUAUGUAUGAAUUUAAAAGUGCUGUGUCAUCUGAUAAACAUUGAAGUCUCCCUGUAACUAUUAUACAUGAGUUGUAUCUUAUGAACCAUGCUGCGGCUUCAUGCCUUGAUGAUAUUACUGAUCUCUGUUAAACAAAACAUGUAGUUCUAACUUCUUUAUAAGGGUUUUUACAUUUACUUACUAUAUUUUUCUAUGAAAGUGCAGUUAUAUUGUAGUUUAAGAUUUAAAGUUUUAAAAUGAAAAGUGAUGAAAUGGAUAUAAACAGAAUUUGAAACCUGCAGAGAAGAGAUCUAUGUUUGUGAUGAUUGUUAUUGUCCCACAAUUGUUAAUGUUUGUAUGACUGUAAAUGAGACAGGUUAGCACUGGCAGGAUGUAUAUAAGGUAAAGUGUUGUGUACAGAUACAUUGACUUUGUCCACUUGUGUCUCUAUCAUUUCUUAUCCAUUAGAUUUGUACAACUUUUAUACAAGUAUGAUAUAUUAUAUAUACAUGAAUAAAGAUUCUAUUUCUAUAAAAGAA